GAAAUCUUCCGAAUUCCUAAAACCUCCGAACUCAGUUCUAAUCGAGUACCGAUUCUAACGGAUAUCCGCGAAACGCGGAGCGGCGGAAGCGUGUUGCUCAAAAUAUUUCCCGUAGCCGGAACGCCGCCUCUCUCCCUCUUGUUGGAUUUUUGUCAACGUGAACCCGAGCUACUAUAUUUAAUUGAUUACCCUUGGACGCGUAGGUUGCAGUAUCGUGUGUGCACUGGUGGUGUUGCUUAGGUCUUAAAUUGAUAUGGUUAGAAAGUACAGUAGUGAGUCCUCGGAUUCUGAGAAAAGAAAUAGACGCAAACGCAAUGAGAGGCGAGGUGAGCGUCCACACGAUGAUAAACAUAGGGAAAGAGGCAGUGGGAAGGAUUUGUUGGAUUCUGAUAAAAGAAGUAGAAAACGGCACGGGAGACUAGAUGAGCGUAGUGGUGAUGAUAAGGAUAGGGAAAGAGUGGAUGAGAAGGAUAUUAGGGAUAAAGAUGGAAGGUUACAAAGCAAACAUGUAGAGCAGAAGCAAUCUCGGCAAAGUUCUGAUGAAGAGGGUGAGUGGGUAGAUACAGAAAGGGUCAGGCGAGAAAGAGAGAGAAACCAUCGACAUGAGGAGGGGCAUAGACAUCAAGAAACUGGGGAGCUUGAUAAGGUGAAAGAAUCUCGGCAAAGUUCUGAUGAAGAGGGUGAGUGGGUAGAUAGAGAAAGGGGCAGGCGAAAAAGAGAAAGAAACAAUCGACAUGAGGGGCAUAGACAUCGAGAAACUGGGGAGCUUGAUAAGGUGAAAGAAUCUUAUCAAAGUUCUGAUGAAUAUGACAAUCGAAUUGAGAGAGAGAAGCGAGAAAGAGAGAGAUCUCGCUGGCAUGGGGAUGCUCAUAGACAGCAGGAAACUGAUGAUAGUGGUAGAAAAAAGGACCGGCAUGCGCGUCAAAAUUCAGGAGACGAUGAUGACCGGAAAACGCACAGAAAAUCAGAGCAACGAAAACAUCGUACUGAACAACAAAAGCAGGGUUUGAGUUCCAAGGGGGAAGAUGAUAGAGACAGUAAGGCCCUGGAAGAUGCGAAACCUCAUAGACAGCCAAGAUUACAAGAAGGAAAUUUAAAUGGGGAUGCAUCAAAUUUGGGUAAGAGUGGUGGAAUUUAUAUUCCACCAUUUAAGUUGGCUAGAAUGAUGAAAGAGGUCGAGGAUAAAAGCAGUGUUGAGUAUCAGCGGUUGACAUGGGAUGCCCUUCGGAAGAGUAUAAACGGGCUUGUGAACAAGGUUAAUGCCGCUAAUAUAAAGAAUAUUAUUCCUGAGCUCUUCUCGGAGAAUCUGAUCCGGGGUAGAGGUCUAUUCUGCCGGUCAUGUAUGAAGUCACAGAUGUCAUCUCCAGGGUUCACAGAUGUGUUUGCUGCACUGGUUGCUGUUGUCAACACCAAGUUUCCUGAGGUGGGAGAUCUUCUAUUGAGAAGGAUUAUUUUGCAGCUCAAGAGAGCAUAUAAGCGUAACGACAAGCCACAAUUACUAGCUGCUGUUAAAUUUAUCGCACAUCUAGUGAAUCAGCAAGUGGCUCAUGAGAUCAUUGCGUUAGAGUUGCUCACGGUGCUGCUUGAGAAUCCAACCGAUGACAGCGUUGAGGUAGCCGUUGGCUUUGUCACAGAGUGUGGAUCGAUUUUGCAAGAUCUCUCUCCCAAAGGCCUGCACGGAAUAUUUGAGAGGUUUCGUGGAAUUCUUCAUGAAGGGGAAAUAGAUAAACGGGUACAAUUUCUUAUUGAAGGGCUAUUUGCCAUAAGAAAAGCAAAGUUUCAGGGGUACCCCGCUGUUCGUCCAGAACUGGACCUUGUAGAGCAGGAAGAUCAGUUAACCCAUGAGGCAUCUCUCCAAGAUGAAAUAGAUCCAGAGAUUACGCUUGAUAUAUUCAAGGCAGAUCCUAAUUUUAUCGAGAAUGAGAGACGCUAUGAAGAGGUUAGGAAAACUAUUUUGGGUGAGGAGUCUGAUGAUGAAGACGGUUCAGAUGCUGGUUCAGAUGAUGACGAGGAUGAUGAAGAUGAAUCUGAGGAAGAGGACGAGGAGCAGAUGAAAAUAAAGGAUGAAACAGAGACAAACCUUGUAAAUCUUCGGAGGACAAUCUACUUAACCAUCAUGUCUAGUGUAGAUUUUGAGGAGGCUGGUCAUAAGCUCCUGAAAAUCAAACUAGAACCAGGUCAAGAGAUGGAGUUGUGCAUUAUGCUCUUGGAAUGCUGCAGUCAGGAGAGAACUUACCUCCGCUAUUAUGGUCUUUUGGGCCAGCGAUUCUGUAUGAUCAAUAAAGUGCACCAGGAAAACUUUGAGAAGUGCUUUGUCCAGCAAUAUUCCAUGAUUCAUCGGCUUGAAACAAAUAAGCUGCGUAAUGUGGGGAAAUUUUUUGCACAUCUACUCGGCACAGAUGCUCUGCCUUGGCAUGUUUUAGCCUAUAUACGCUUAACAGAGGAGGAUACUACUUCUUCUUCUCGAAUAUUCAUUAAGAUUCUAUUUCAGGAAUUGUCAGAGCAUUUGGGCAUCCGGUUGCUGAAUGAACGGCUUACGGAUCCUAUGAUGCUGGACUCCUUUGAAUCUAUAUUCCCAAGGGAUAAUCCCAAGAACACACGUUUUUCUAUUAACUUCUUCACAUCCAUUGGGCUUGGUGGCAUCACAGAGAAUUUACGUGAGUACUUGAAGAAUAUGCCACGCCUAAUCAUGCAACAAGAGCAAGCAGUGUCAGAAUCUGAAUCAGAUGAUGAAUCUGGUAGUUCUGAUAGUUCUGACACGAAGACAGCUAGUUCUGAGAGACAGUCUUCUGAUUCCUCAGGCUCGGAUGAGAGUGGAAGGGAUGAUAGACGGAGGAAGAGGAGGAGAGAAUAAGGGAAUGUCAACAAAGACAACACCACAGGAAACAUUUGAUUACGAUGUAUUUUUAUUGUCAUGCGAUUCAAGUGCUGCCAAUUUUUGUUCAUCUUGUACUUUUAUUCUCUUUUUCUGUUACUUUUUAGUUAAGCUGAAAUGCCAAAAUAGAGGUAGAAUGUUUUUAAUGUUUUUUCAAGGCUUCAUUCCGCUAUUUAAGAUUGAGAUGAUGAUGUGUGUGUUUUUUUUUUCCCUUUUUUGGGUGUGUUCUACUAGAUGAUGAUGUAUUUGUUCAUUUGCAUCAAUCUUCAACUCUUUGGACUGUUCGGUUAAUGCAAUAAGCAGGUAUCCUGCCUUGUGGUGUCA